UUCUGCACAUCUAUGGAUGUUUUAAGUUUCAUGGGUGUGUUUGAACAAAGUUCAGACACUAGCAGCUCAGAGAGGCAACCAAAAUAACAGUGAUUGUUUCAUAAAGUUCCACCAAAAGAGGUGUAGAAAGUCCAAGACUUCUCAAAGGGGGGAGAAAUUAAUCUCAAGCAACAGACAGAAUUCCAUUCAAGGAUGAAGGCUCGAGCUGGUUGUGAGGAUGGAUAUUCUAUGAUUACUUAAAUUCCAACUGCAAGAUUUGAUCCACUCAAUCGAAGGGAGCGAAAUUUUAGUGCUGGAGACAUAUAUAACUUACCCUUUUAUUCUUCUCUUUCUUUUCCAUGGCUGUCAAUUCCUAUGUUAAAAGCUCUCCAAGAAUGACCACGGUUCUGCUACUCCUUGGGCUGCUGAUGACCAGCCUACACCUAACAGAAACCCAAAUAGGAGUGUGUUAUGGAACGCUUGGCGACAAUCUGCCACCACCGGAAGAGGUUGUAGAGCUCUACACCCGGAACAACUUCCAAAGAAUGAGACUCUAUGAUCCAAACUUAGCUGCGCUGCGGGCCCUUGGAGGCUCCAACAUUGAGCUCUUGCUGAGCGUCCCAAACAAUGACCUUCAAGAUAUUGCUGCCAGCCAAGGCAUUGCAAAUUUAUGGGUCCAAGCCUAUGUAACGAACUAUACUAAGGUCAAAUUUCGAUACAUUGCGGUUGGCAAUAUAGUGAGUCCUUCAGACUCUUUUGCCCAGUUUCUUCUCCCUGCCAUGAAAAAUAUCAACAAUGCAAUUUCCGCAGCUGGCCUACACAACCAAAUCAAGGUCUCAACUGCCAUUAACACUGGAGUUUUAGGAACAUCCUAUCCUCCGUCACAAGGCUCCUUCCAGACUCAAGCCCGUUCAUUUCUUGAUUCCAUCAUCAGUCUCUUAGUGGAAAACCGUGCCCCACUACUUGUUAACCUCCACCCUUACCUCAGUUACAGUGCUAACACCCAAGGCAUCCGCCUAGACUAUGCUCUGUUUACGGCUAAUGAGGUUACGGUGCAAGAUGGGCAGCUUGGGUACCAAAAUCUUUUUGAUUCCUUGGUGGAUGCAUUUUACUCAGCGCUUGAGGAGGCUGGUGGGGGUUCGUUGGAAAUUGUUAUAUCGGAAAGUGGCUGGCCUUCAGCUGGUGGCAUAGGAGCGACUCUGGAUAAUGCAAGGAUUUACAAUACCAACUUGAUUCAGCAUGUGAAGGGAGGGACUCCCAAGAGGCCUGGAAAGGCCAUAGAAACUUAUGUGUUUGCCAUGUUUGAUGAGAACAGAAAAACCCCAGAAUUGGAGAGACAUUGGGGGCUAUUUCUCCCAAACAAGCAGUCUAAGUACCCUUUACUUUGUAGGAUCCCCAGUGCCACUCAAAUUGUCUAUUCAAUUGUGUAGCUUAGCU